AUGCGGCGGCGUCCGUAUUUCCUUGUUGUGGCUGUUUUGCUCUUUUGUUACUGCGCAUAUAUUAUCUUCAGCUUGCCCAACGAGCAUUUCGAUGCCCUGGUCACUCCUCUCUCGCAGCCUCACCAGCAGCAACAGCAUGACCAGCAUCGGCUCCAAGCAGCUGCGUCGUCGUCGUCAACAGCGCCAACAAAGCCAAAGCCCACCUCACCACCUCCAGUGGUCUGGGAAGACUUGCCGGUUGUGACGGGAGGGCCGAAGCCAAAAGCAGCCCCUGAUGCGGCGUUACAUCCCAUCAUCCAUCUUGCCAAAGAUGCGCACAAGGAAUUUUCGGAAUUGAAGAAGCGACAGUCCAAGUCUCUGGAGGAGGCCGUCAAAGAGUAUCGCAGGCGAUAUGGCAUGCCCCCUCCUCCACACUUCGAUAAGUGGUAUGAAUUCGCCGUAAACAACAAUGUGCAGUUGAUUGACGAAUUCGACAUGAUUCAUGAUAUGAUGAUACCGUUCUGGGGCCUUCAGCCCAAGACUAUUCGUGCAAGAGUGACAGAGGCGCUCGGCUAUGACAAUGGAUUAAUUGGGGUCGCUAUACGAGACGGUGGAAUUACACACAUGGAGCAUGGAUUCGAGUGGCAGAGGGAGGCCACCAAGGGAAUGAUGGAAAAGUUCAAGCAGCACUUGCCAGAUAUGGAUUUGGCUUUUAACGUUCACGAUGAGCCUCGUGUGGUGGUACCCCACGAUGAUUUGAACCGACUUGUCAGUAAAGCCAAGAAUGAAAAUAUGGCUGCUUUGAGUACGAACAAGAAGCUCGUCAACGAGUUUUCAAAAUCAUCUGACCUAAACGACGGCCAAACAUUCAAAGAAACGAAGCUAUCCCGGUUUAGCACUAUUCAAUACCAAUCGACAUGGGCAGACUCUCGUAUGUCCUGUCCGCCCGAUAGCCAAGCCAGAAUCCUCGAAGAUGAGCGUGCAGACGACUUGAGCAGAUACGGAAUCAGUGAUCUUGCCUUCAUUUACAACACAACUGCCAUGUCUGACAUAUGUCUCACGCCUUCUCUAAGCUCAACAUAUGGCUUUUUCGACCGCCCUAAUUCUUUCAGAGUCACCCAUGAUCUACUGCCCAUAUUCUCCCAGUCCAAGGUGUCGUCUUAUGGGGAUAUUAUAUACCCGUCUCCAUGGUAUUGGUAUAAAAAAGUGGCUUACAACGAAACCAACGACAUGCCGUGGGAUGAGAAGGAGAGCAAGCUCUACUGGCGAGGUUCUACUACGGGAGGAUACAGUCGCAACGGCGGCUGGAGGAGGCAUCACCGCCAGCACUUUGUGCAAAAGAUCAACUCCAGAGAGCAAGCCAAGGUGAUGACCAACAGUGGUGGAGCUGGAAAUCCUAAAUGGGAGGCCAAGGAGGUCCCCCGUGGGGAAUACCAGAAGCUCAUUGACGUGCAUUUCUCUCACGUUGGCCAAUGCGACCCCGGAGACUGUGAAGCGCAACGAGAGUUUUUUGACGUCGUUGACCUGGUUGAUCAGCAAGAUGCCUGGGGAUAUAAAUAUCUGGUCGACAUAGACGGCAACGCCUUCUCUGGCCGCUUCUACGCCUUUCUGCAGAGCAAAAGCUUGACGUUUAAGCUUGCUUUGUUCCGUGAAUGGCACAACGAAUGGCUCAAGCCGUGGGUACAUUAUGUGCCGCUGAGCCUCCAAGGGGAAGAUUGGCUUGAAGCAGUUCGUUUCAUCAAUGAAGACAAUGAGGGAUCAACCGAGGGGCAGAAAAUUGCCAAGGAGAGCCGCGAAUGGGCCAAUAAAGCGGUUAGAAAAGAGGAUAUGGAGGCAUGGUUUUUCAGACUGCUUUUAGAAUACGGACGGGUGAUUGACGAUAAUAGAGCAAAUCUUGGGUAUGAUAUAUGA